ACCAAAAUUUUCAUUGAAGUUUAAGGAACCUUUAAAAGGUUCCUUCGACGUCAAAAAUUCAAAGAUGAUGUGGUGGAAAAUAUCACAGGCUUUACUAGACUAUAAUAUUAAGGUAACGCCAAACAAUUACAUGAAUAGAUGAAGGGUACUGGAGCGGAACUAUAAAAAAUAUGUUGAUAACCAAAGGCAAACAGGUACGGGAAGAACAUUUUUUUAGUAUAAGCAAGAAAUGGAGGAGGUAUUUCUUAAGAAAAAAAAAUAUCCGUCCUGAAUUGUUGCUAGCAAGUGAUCAAAUAGAUACUCAAAUAAAUAUGAACAGUGAUAAUGCUAUUACUACAGCUGCACCAGAUGUAUCCACCAUCUAAAAGCAGCGACACCACAGAAGAAAAGUCAGAUAAUUUGAAAAACAGAAGGUAUUAUGGUUAAAAUAAGAAGUAACCACAAAACGUAUUAUGAGGAAAAACUGCAAAUAGAAAACUUAAAAUUAGAAGAAAAGAAAGAAAAG